AUGCUGUUCCCAUUACCUGCCAACACGUUUCCAACAUUGUCGCUGCACCAAGAUGACCAAGAAGCGCUCAAGACAUUGGCUCGAGCUUUUGUUGACGAUGCCUUGAUCGAGUACCGAGCGUUUCGAGAUCCCUUUCAAAAUGGCGAAGUCGAUACAAAACGGUGGAAACGUAUCAAGAAACGCGACGGCCUGGCUUCCUACUUGGAUCGAGAACUAGGGGAUAUCUCAGCUACAAGACGUGCUGUGCGUGAAAGUGUGGGGACCAUGAGCUUUUCACGAAAACUCCAUGGCGUGCUCACCGUCGGCACUAUUGACGGAUCGCUGCACGACCAGAUGUACGGACUCCAUCACAGCAGCAUGGAACUCAUGCGGAUCAAGUCUGCGUACAUGGCCGACAAAAUCGCCGAUGGCAAAAUCCUGUGCGAGAUCAGUGUCGCGACACCGGAACACCCUGUUGACGGUCUCUAUGUUAAAUGGAGUGUGUCUGACUUUGCUCCACCUCUUCUUCGUAAGCUGGUGCGGCCUCGAGACUUUGUCUUCUUGGAUGGCACUGGAGUCAUUGAAGACGAAGUGACCGGCGAGCAGAUUGGUUACAGCGUGUUGCAUUCGCUUCAGAUCCCCGGGAUCCGCGAGUUGGAAGAGUACCAGAUUGUUCGCGCGACGUUAAGCAUCUGCGCGUUGUUUCGACAAACAGCGCCUGGAAAGGUUGAGGUCUAUAUGAAAGGCUUUGUCGACUCGAUGGGCAACAUCCACCCAAGUAUCGCGGUCCCCGCAACAGCAGAAGCCUUGAUGUCGUAUCGCAAAGGCGUCUACUGUGGUCAGAUGAAGAAGCUCAAUUGGCUUCUGAAGUCGAAGAAGACCAUCGUGCUGGACCGGCCAAAUGGAGUGUGCUCGCUCUGUCAAUCGGCCGUAAAGAAGGCGUUGUCGAGUGCUUGGAUGUGUCAAGUAUGCAUGAAUCAGGUGUGUCAUCCGUGCAGCAUCAUGCACAAGUUGGCUUUCCUCCAGUCCACAUCUCGACGAGUUGUUCGACGUAACAUGGCAUUUUGUGUCCGGUGUUUACGAACCGCCACCCUUGCUGAUGGACUGGAGAUCGCGUCAGAGGAGCUGCAGCGUGUGAACCCGAUCGAGUACUUUGAGUUAUCUUCAAGCUGUAGCGGAACGCCAGCUUCACCAUCCAACUCGACAUUGCCGGAUAUUCAGCAAGAGUUCUUUGGUUGA